GGUUCUCUCCUAUCUGUGAGGCGCCAGGCUCUCAGCUGCCUUACUUUAGUUGUUGAUGUGUGCCGCUGCUACAAACGGGUCAUGAGGAGAGUUGAUUUAGAGUAUAGUAACAGCGAUAGAUAGCCAAAGACAGAGAGCGUGUCGCUAACUGGACUGUAAUCUCAUCCUAAUAGAAGAACUAGUAACGAAAAAGGAGGGAGUUGUUUCUCGAUAACUAGAUAGUCACCGACUGGGUUGUUGCGGCUCCUGCGGGACUCGAAGAAAGCUAGACGUCGGACCUGCCGUACAUCAAAGCGGAAUUGCUGUUGCUAGUAUUUGUGGUCGUGUGUGAUUUAAACUUGACCGUAUAUGGCUUUAUGCUAUUCGGCGAACAAACUUUAACUGCGUGUAUCUGUGUGAGGUGUCGAAAGGUCGGCUAAAAGCUAGACUAAUUGUACUUAGGAAGCUAAAGCUCCGCUGAGAGGAACGGCGAUCUCUUUCGUGAUCAUCUGCGCCUAGAAACUGUGUCACAAUGGCGAGCCUAUACCCAUCGCUCGAGGACAUGAAAGUCGAUCAAAUGAUGCGCGCCCAGGACAUGUACACAAAUACAGCGCCUACGGCUCCGCCCCCUUCGUACUCGUCCACCCCGGUACCUGAGUCUCGACUAAGCCUUUAUCCCGCUCUCGAUGACUACAUGGGGUUUUCUCUGCAGACGCUGGCCCUACCAACACUUCCUGCUCAAGCGACCUCGACGGACAUGAUCGUUUCGUCGGCUGGAGGAAAAAGUCUUGUUGCCCCACUUUCGGGACAGAGCAUGGGUCUAUAUCGAGGCCAAGUCACCCACGGUGUCCGAGAAGUUAUUCUUUGCAAGGACCUUAGAGGAAAGGUUGGACUUCGUCUCGAAGCAGUGAAUAAAGGCGUAUUUAUCAUUCUGGUUGAAAAGGGCACCCCCGCUGCGAUGGCCGGUCUUAGAUUUGGAGACCAACUACUCAGCGUCAAUGACGAGUACGUUGCCGGCUAUAGUCUAAAACAGGUUCAUGAAACCAUUCGAAAGGCACAAGGGGACCACAUCUCGGUGGCGGUUCGUGAUCGUCCGUUCGAGCGCACAGUCACAAUGCUGAAAGACAGUAAUGGAUAUUGUGGUUUUGACUUCAAGGACGGAAAAAUCAAUACACUUGUCAAAGACUCGUCCGCAGCUAGGAACGGUCUACUAAUUAAUCACCAACUUCUCGAGGUGAACGGGCAGAACGUCGUCGGUAUGAAGGACUCUCUUGUUAAGGACUUGAUUCGGGCCUCCCCUCAAACCAUCACGGUUACAAUGAUGCCCUCGAUAAUCUUCGAACAUCUCGUCAAGUACACGUCCGGUGGCCUGCUCAAAAAGCUGAUGGACCGCAGCGUCCCUGAGUGCUAGUCAGUUUUCGAUACCAACACGAGUACUGUACUCUUUGACUCGCUGCAUUAUCCGCAUUUCUGGUGAUUCUUAUUUAGUCACACCAUAAUUGAAUGACUAUGAUUUUGCCUAUUGCUAUAUUGAUACUGUAUGUGUCGAAAGAACAACUCGUAGAUUCGUUACUAUAUAUGAACUCACUUGCAGCCGCAGUUACUUUCGGGAGAAGGACAAGUAAGCUGAUCAGUAUUAUUAUUUCUUAAGGCGUCAUAAAAGUUCUUAGAUUUCCUCUGAUUAAGCACAGAGUGAAAGGUAUUGCUGUGAAAAAGCUGAACAUUUUGAACGCACCGGCCUUGAGGACUGCUUGGCGUUUCAAACUUCUGCAUAGCUAUAUGAUAUAACUUAUUUUGGCCACCUAUUCUUAGGCAUUGAUCACUAAGUGUGGUAUCGCAGAGUAUUUGUGUUGCGCGCGCGUCGUGAGAUACUGUAACUAAAAUGGUUUGUAAUGCUGGCAAUAACGCCAGUAUCUUCCAUAUAUUGUUAUGUUAUAUUGUGCUCAGCCGCUAAUUUUUGUUCAUCCUUUCGAUGGUGAGUAUGAUACAUGUACUGGAACGUCCUAUAGUACUUAUUUGAGAGACAGUCGGUAUUUGACAAAGACUAGAUAGGUUUGCAUUGGUUACGCUGUAAGGUCAUGUCUUUAAUGCUCACGAAAGAGUAAGGAAUAAAGCAUUAAACAAUAAUGAGAAAAAAUAUUCCACCGUAAUGCAUAAAAAUAAAUAAUGAUAGAAACAAUGCGCUGUAAUAGAAGUUCUCUACGUCAUCAAAUUAUAUCAGGCGAUGCUCAGAAAAAGGUGGGUGAUUAUUCGGAUCUAACAUAACAAAUACGAAACAAACAAGCCGCAGUAGUAAUUAAGAGAACAACUGCUUGCGACAAGUCGGAUUCCGCAGUGAGGAGAAAAUAAAUCUAACUAUACUAACAUUGAGUUGACUGAUUACUGUUUUAAAUGCUUAUUGUGAGACUAAAAUUGCAGCAGUGUCUCAGACUUGUGUGAACUUAAACAAGAUAUGAUUUUAAAGAGCAUUCCCACAGUCUGAACUUUUUCUUUGCUUUGUUUGAAAUAUGCAUGAAAAAAGUACGUAAGAAUAUAUAUGUCAAAAACAUGCCUGCCUUUUUUAGCCACAUACUUUUUCGUCGUUAAAACAAGAUUGGUUGCGAAGUUAAUGGAUCAUAUUUGCGCUACUAAGCAUUAAGAUUAUAUCAAAACAAUAUGCAUUAUAGAGAUCAGUUCACUUAGCCCACCACACUCACCAAUAAUGCGCUAUUAUUGGUUACAAUGCGCUCGAAGUGCAUAAUAGGGCUGCUGUGGAAAAAGCCCCGCAUCCCGAAAUUAAUAGAUAGUCUUAUCAGUACAAUAGGAACGAAUAUGGUUCUACUUUGAAUUCUACAAAGCGCCAGCCUAAAUGAUGAAUAUGUAAGAAAAGGUGCUCUCUUUUCUUUUUUCUUGCUGGUGAUUAUCGUGUAUAUUAAUGUCCAUCUGUAGACGGAAUUCGAAGUACCGCCAUGUCUAUCUUUGACGUUUCAUCCAGAUAUUUCCUUUGCGAGUUACGGAUGCCUAUGGAAGAAUCACUCAUAAAUAAAUUGAGCUAAGUUAAUUCAAAUUCGAUAGUUGUGAUGUCAGUGGGACCUCGGUGAUCCACCUACAAACUGUAGAAUGUUGGGUUUCGUCUACUUUGAUGACUGCUUAAUCAAGUUCUUGAGUACUGAAAUUCAUUUACUCGAAAUAUCCAUGGGCGUAGGUGUUCUAAGGCUGGCCCUGAGUUUUUCAAAACCGAUUGCGCAAUUAUGUUUUUCACGAGUAGUCAGCAAAACUGUUGCUUGAUACGAUGACCGUGUUAGUUGCCGAAAGAAAAAGCAACUAAUACGUUAUAGUGAAUAGAUACAUUAAAAUGUAGACGCUGGUGUCUCAUAGUUCUGUUGCUUGUUAAGGAUGUUACUGAUCGACCUCUUAAUUGUAUUGACGUUUCAAGGCUGAGGUGACCUUGGUGAGGUGGCUGAAUGUUACUUUAGCGAGUACUUCGUUUUCGCAACCAAAUGAGUGCUGGAUACAGUACUGGAUAAAGUUAAUAAUAUCGCAAUGACUUUGCAACAGUAUGCAGCGUGAAUACAAGACUUAGUAGGACACAUGUCAGAUAUAUGCCCGUUUCUGGACUCCAACAGUCGAAGCCCUGAAUUUCGCUACCGUAAACUAGCUGAAUAU